AUGGCGGACUUUGCCCCCCCCGCGGGUCCACCGCCGCCGCAGAUUCCUCAGGGAUGGAAAGCCGUUUGGAACGAGCAGUACAAGGAAUGGUUCUACGUCAACACGUUCACGAAGAAGUCGCAGUGGGAGAAGCCCACGGAGCCCGUCUACGGGCCGCCCGACGACGAGCCACCAGAAGACGCGCCGCCGGGUUACGAUCACUCGCAAACGAAACCCGUUGGCCCGGAGAAGAGCGGCGCCGUAAGCAGCAAUACGACCGGUGGGCAACUCUUUGCCGGCGACGGUGCUGCCGGUAGUUCAAGUCACGUCGACACCAGCGGCGACGAGGAGUUCGCGCGCAAGCUCCAGGAGGAGGAAAAUGCCCGCCUUGGCGGCAGCGUCCAGGGCCCGCCAGGCGACCGCGGCGAGGCAGACAACUACUACAACCAAGGGCCCGGUGCCGGCGGUCCGGCGCCGUACGGGCAGCAGUCAGGCGGGCCCUACGGCUCCCAAAGUCCGGCGCCGUACGAUCCGAGUCAAAUUUCGCAGAACCAGUCCGCUGUCCCCAGCGCCGACGCGCGCGGCAAGAGCAAGGGCGGUUUCCUAGGAAAGCUGCUCGGCAAAGCGAAGGGUUCCUCGCAGCAGCCGGCCUACGCACAGCAGUAUCCCCAGCAAGGCUACAACUACGGCUCACCGCAGCCUGGUUACGGAUACCCGCCGCAACAAGGAUACUAUGCUCAAGGCGGAUACCCGGUGCAGCAGGCUCGACCACAGCGGCAUGGUCUCGGCGCCGGAAGCGCCGCUGCCCUGGGCGUGGGUGGUGGCUUGCUAGGUGGCGUCCUGCUCGCGGAUGCGAUGGACGGAGGCGACGGAGGCGAUUUUGGUGGUGACGACGGAGGUGGAGAUUUCGGCGGUGAUUUCUAA